GCCGUAUCUCUUUCUCUCAACCCCACUUCAUAUGGCCCAUCUACUUAUUCGCAUAAGUCUGUGCUCUCGUGUCCUCUAAGGUCGCAACAAGUGGGUUUAAGGAAGCGUGACAAUCUCCAUCACCGGAACCAAGUGCAGUUUGCAGGGCUCCUGACCUCCAUUCUGUCCACCCUUUUUUCCCCAGCCGCUUAUCAAAUGGCCGCUGCUAAACAACAAAAUCACUGCUUGGCCUUCAUCCUGGUCCUCGAUUACGCCAUAUUCGAGGAUGAUGCCCAUGACCAUGCCGACGGAGAUGUCAAUGCCUGGGAAUCUUCCUUUCCCUGGGCUUCAAACCCAUGA